CACACACAGGCAACCGCUCGAGCCUCGAGGAGAGCAGCAGCGACUCGAUGCGGGCGCCGGAGGAGCAGCGGUAGCCUACGUGCUCGUGGUAGAAGCGACCCGCAAUGGAGGAGCUGCAGUGGCCGAUGGCAGCGGACCAGAUCGGCGCAUCACGAGAGCGGACACGACAGCCGUCACGGGCAGAGCAGAGCCAAGUCGGCGCGGCGACCGGGCGCAAUCUGGAGAACCGGUGCGCGGUGGUGCGCGGUCUGGGCGGGCGCGACAUGCACGAGUUGGCGGCGAGGUGACGGCGUUGACCAGGACGCCGUCGUAGAUCCUCGUCAUGCCGUCGGGAGAGGAGCUCAUUGAGGAUCCCCGCUUCUCCACGGAUUCACGACGGAGCGAGGUGCUCGAGGAGAAACUUCUUCUCGGGAUGCCAUGGAAAUCGGCAAGUGACUCCAUUUGCCCAUCAGAGAACCAGUGGGUUGAGGCCCCUCUUUUAUGCACGACUCCUAUUAAGUUCCAAUAUGCAAACUACACGACAGCUGACUAUGCAAAGACCGGAAAAGGGUCCUUGAGGCUUCAGAUAAUUAAUCAGACGAGGGAUAUCAUUCGCACUAUUUUCUGGAGGCCUCUCAAAUUGACAUGGACAAGUGGAUAUAGUACCAAGGAGGCUGCACCGUUUGUUGAAUGGGGCAUACAAGGGCAAAUUCAAAUCCUUUCUCCUGCAAGGCACCCUCAUGUUCAGUCACGACACUAUGUGUGGUGCUAGAACAUGCUUCCAUUUGCCUGACUCGUAUAGCAGAAGCGUUUGCUUCAUCUCCGAAGAAACUGGAUCAAUUGUGCAAUAUGGAUAGGUUGCACAAGCUGCAAGCUUAAUAUGCUUCCAUUUCACUUUUUGUUGCUACUGUAUUAUUUACGCAUAUUUGCUAACUCUGGAUCAUAUAUCCUUGAAGGGAGUAAUUUGUGUUCUGUCAAUAUGUGCAAGUGGGUCUGCAUUGGCAGCUAAAACACCCCUCCUCCAUGGAAUUAGCGGCACACUUAAAGAUAUCCUUUCAGGUUCUGGUUUGGUUGCUGGUACAACUGUAUCCCCCACUAGGUCAGCUG